AUGUUUCAUGAGUCCAUAUCCGCUCACCAACGCGACUCCCGGCACUCCUGCCACAGGGUAUCGCCGCCUGUCUCCAACGGACGUCAUGAUAGUCAACAGUACAUUGUAAACAAUGGCUACAGUGCUGGUCUGUUCAACAUUCUGAACGUGUCCAGCGAAGGCAGUAUUAAUAGCCACGUUAGUGAAGCUCCAAGAAAACGUGCUCGCACCGACAGCCAGUUGCUGGAUCCGCCGAAGUUUUUACCAGCUUUCCCGAGUGUUGGUCAAGCACCUGUGGCUGCCAGUCCUAUUGACUGCAGCUAUCAAGAUGAAAAUUUCUCGCAUCAGGUGAUCAAGUUCUCGAUGUUCCAAGAAGAGCUAUGGAAUCCCCUCUAUGAUAUCAACCAUCAGCAGCUGACCAAGCUCAAAAUUUGCGUUGGCUUCAAUUACUCAAACUCGGAUGGAUGCUUUGUCAAUCAGAAGAAAAAUCAUUUCCAGAUCUCAGUGAAUAUCGAGGCGAACGAUGAGCAUCCACCAAAAUUCGUAAAAGUUAACGGCGUGAUGCAUCCGAUCAAAGCCAUCAAACUGGCGUUCUGCGGUGUCAAGGCAGAAAUGCUGUCGUCAGAAAUUCAGAUCAAGCAGUCGCAGACCGAUCGUAAACCAAUACCUCACGAUCCUGUCAUACUAAACAUCCACGCUCGAGAAAUUACCAAGGUGACGGUACCAAGGCUACAUUUCUCUGAGACGACGCUGAACAACCAGAGGAAGAACAAUCGACCGAAUCCUGACCAGAAAUAUUUCCUGCUCGUAGUACGCCUGCUAGCCUGCACUGACGAGGGUGUGGCUCUCAUUCAAGCCCAACAGUCGGAAAAGGUCAUCGUUCGGGCUACUAAUCCUGGUUCGUUCGAGCCACCCGAGAGCGAUGUGCAGUGGUACCGCAACGGAGGAACCCUAGUCUGCCAUGGUCCAGUUGCUAUCGGUACCGAUCGUACCGCUGCAAAGCUGACGGUUGACGGUGAUAUUUACAUCACUGGACAGAUAACUCGCCCGUGCGACAUUCGCCUGAAAGAGGACAUCGUUGAGAAGACGUCACGAGAAGCGCUGGAACACCUUCAGCAACUGCGUAUUGUCGAUUUCCGUUACAAACCUGAAAUUGCAGAACUGUGGGGUCUCAGUGAAGAACAACGUAGACGAACUGGUCUCAUCGCACAAGAACUCCAAGCUGUACUUCCCGAUGCCGUCCGCGAUAUCGGUACUCACUUGACUGUUGACGAGUCGCGCAUAUUUUACGAGACUGUGCUGGCGAUGCAGGAACUCUGCAGGCUUACUGGAGAUCUUGACACGAAGAUUGACGACAAGGUGGAGGAAAUCAGCCAGCGUCUCGCGCGAUACGCCAGAAGAAAGAAGUUGAUUGGUUCGAUUGCCUCGAACCUCAGCGAACAGUCUUCUGGUAUUGUUAGUGAUAACAAGAGCUACUUGUCGUACUCAAGGACAUCACUUGCAUCCACUUCUCCAUCAGUCUCGAAAGAAGGGCGUGAGAAACGAAAGAAUCUCAGCUGCCGUACCCAGUGUCAUCGUCAGGAACCGCUGUGUAACUCAAAACUAACCCAAGGGACAAUCAUAACUUUAGUCGUAGUUAUGGCUGCUUGUCUGAUUGCAAUGUCGGCUCUGUACGUUUUGGACUGGCACAAUCGCAACUACGGUUAUCACCACUUCUAUACCCUGAACGCAACACCACCCACAAAACCUGGAGGAUCCACGGAGGGCGUCGGGCAUAUGAUAUACCAAAUCGAUCAUCCGUAUCUUCCGAUGCUUCAACCAGAUGCACCGUUAUUAAUGGCCUCAUGUCGCUCGAAUCACUGUCAUACCUACUGUUGCACUGAUCCUGCCAAAUCUCAUACUGGCAAUCAAGUAAACGAUAGGGACACGAUUGUGACGCUGGGUGAACACACAAAGAAUAUGAUAGCGCGAAGUGCACCUGACAUUUCCACUGGGAAACCGCUUGGUACUGGUGUACGGAUCCUGAUUCCCGGCUUGAAUGUGACCAUUGAUCAUCGUUACUGCAUCGAACAAAGCUGUAGCAAGAAACGUGGACGCUUCAAUAUGUACAUUCCGGUGUCACCAUAUCUGCCAACGCACCCACUGGAAAUCACGUUUGCGGUCCCAAAAGGGAAAUUAGUGAACAACUGCGGUUAUUUGGCCGAUUUCCAGCACAAGCAUUGUGCUCUUGAUAGUAACAUUUUCAAGGCGGAGCGUCUGAGGGAUCCAAUGGCAAAGCAGAUCAGCGACGACACCUUCGAACUUCCGCUUAGCCGUUUCCGCGUAGGAUUUACGACUGAGUCGUGCUUCUCGAGUGAGGACCAUCUUCAUGGAGGUUUCGAAGAAUACAACCUCAUUUUCUAUCGUACAUGUGCUCCUCCGGCCAGUGUCACCGAUGCUCCAUCAGCUUGA